AUGGGUGAGAAAGAUGCCCCAAAACGUGAUAGAGAGAAGAAGGCCGACGCCGGCACCACCGUCGUCUUGAAGAUUGGCAUGCAUUGUGAAGGCUGUGCCAAGAAAAUCAAACGAUCAGUUCGUCAUUUUGAGGGUGUUGAGAGCGUGAAGGCGGACAUUGAGGGCAAUAAACUGACGGUGACGGGGAAGGUGGACCCGGCCAAACUUAGAGAUAGAGUGGCAGAGAAGACCAAAAGGAAGGUGGAAAUCGUCUCUCCUCGGCCCAAAAAGGAUGCCGCCGUUGCUGGUGGCGGUGGAGAUAAGAAGCCCGAGGAAAAAACGGAGAAAAAAUCUGACGACAAGAAGCCGGCUCUCACAAGUACGGUCACUCUGAAGAUUCGGUUGCAUUGUGCCAAAUGCACGGAUAAAAUAAAACGAAUCAUAUCGAAGAUCAAAGGUGUAGAGUCCGUGAUCGCAGAAGGCAAGAAGGAAAAAGAAGGCGGUGGUGACAAAAAAGAGAAAAAAAACGGUGGGGGUGCAAAGAAAGAAGGCGAGGCGAAGGCUGCCGGUGGUGGUGGUGAUGAUGCGAGCAAGAAGGAGGAGCCCAAGGUUGAGGUGAACAAAAUAGAGUACCAUGGGUACCACCCUCAGUACUCUUAUUAUGGUGCACCUGCACCUGCAUAUAAUCAUGGUUACAUUAAUGAGGGUUAUGGCGAUCUUGUACCCCAAUUUAAUCAAGGCUAUAUCAAUCAGGGUUACGUCAUGGAAUAUACCUCACACCCGACUCAUGUUGUGGACUAUCCAUCAACAUACCCGUCUCCGUAUCCGACUUACGUAAUGAAAUAUCCCUCAUACCCGCCUCCAUACCGGACUCAUGUUGUGGACUAUCCACCAUCAUACCCGCCUCCGUACCCGACUUACGUAAUGAAAUAUCCCUCAUACCCGCUUCCAUACCCAACUCAUGUUGUGGACUAUCCACCAUCAUACCCGCCUCUGUACCCGACUCAUGCCCCUCAAAUGUUCAGUGACGAGAAUCCUAAUGCAUGUUAUGUGAUGUAA